UUGAUUGCAAUGGAAACUGAAACAAACACAUGGGCCUGCAGCCCUGACGCCGUCCCCAUCUCUGAAUUCACUCUGGAUUAUAACACUUGAUUUGUGGAGAGAACAGAAGACAAGGGAGCAGCGGCACGGCCAAUUACACUGACUUGUUCCUCUGCAGGGAUGUGUUGUGUGUAGCUCUGAGAAGGACGUACGGUUAUAUACCACAACCCCGCGGAUGAGGGUGGGGCUCGCCCACUGCCACAGACAAAGACCGCACAGAGAUCCCAGUGUGAGAGGUGGUCAUCCGGGGCAGUUCCUGGACCUGUACGGUCCGGCACCCCGUCAAAAAUCACAAUGGGGUGCAACAUGUGUGUGGUUCAAAAGCCUGAAGAGCAAUACAGGGUCAUGUUCCAGAAGGGUCACAUGAGCAACAUGCUGUGCUCUUUUGACGCUGACGGUCGAUUAAAGGUGAAUGGGAAGGAGCUGUCCCGCCUCUCUGGGGAUCCCACCCUGGACAUAAGGGACCCCGUGCUGUCCAGCAUUCUGCGGCGGGGGGCCCGCAGACGGGCGGGCCUAGCGGGAGCUCCUGGAGGCCAAGUGCCAGUGACCAUGGGCAUGGCCGACUGCGUGGACAGCUGCACCCAAACGGACAUCAGCUUCCAGCAUAUGUUGACUCUGGGCAAGAGCAGCCAGCAUCCCUGCGGAGCUCCGCCCCCGCCCGACCCUCCACCAUCCCCCCCUCUCCCGCCGCUACUGGAGCCAUAUCUGUUCAACGAACUCUUCGUGGAGCCGGUUUACUACGACCCCACCGACUACUUCGACAUCAGCCAGCAUGAGGUGGACCGGCAGGACGAGCUGGAAUACGAGGAGGUGGAGUUGUACAAGUCUCGGCAGCAAGAUAAGCUGGGCCUGACGGUGUGCUACCGAACCGACGAUGAGGAGGACCUCGGGAUCUACGUGGGAGAGGUGAAUCCGAACAGCAUUGCUGCAAUGGACGGUCGCAUCAGAAAGGGAGACAGAAUACUCCAGAUAAACGGGGUGGACAUCCAGAACAGAGAGGAGGCGGUAGCUAUUCUCACCCGAGAGGACAGCACUAAUGUCUCCCUGCUUCUCGCAAGACCCGAGAUAGAGAAUGAAAACCAGAUGGAUCCGGACGAGUUGGAUCUGGAGCCUCUGGACAACGCGGUCCACCUGGGCGGCAGCCACAGGGCGAUGAACAGCCCCUCCAUCCUGACUGCUGGACCGGGCAGUACUGCCGGCAGGGGGGUCCUUCGUGGCCACGGACACUCGCUGAACAGAGAUUCACCCGAUUUGCUCCAGACUGUGCUCAGCAACAGCCAGGAGCUCGACAGCGGGGUUGGCCGGACAGACGAAAGCACGCGCUACGAGGAAUCCUCGGAGCACGAUCUGCUGGGAGACGACCACACCAGUGCCUCCAAUACCAACGCCACCAACACGCCUGGCAGUAUGCGCAAGUUUUUGGCGAGCAGAGGGGAAACCCCACCCUUGCUGCACUCACAGGACCUUCAGUUUAGUACCGACUCCCUCCUUGGACUGGACUGCAUGAACGGAGGGGGGCUGGAACAAAUGGAGCGAUUAGAGAGAGCCUACACAGCAGAUCCGGUGAGGAUGAUGAUGCCUGGACUGACAGAGGAGGAGUGUGAGCGGUACAAAGAGCUCCUAGAAAUCAAGUGUUAUUACGAGAAGAACAGUGGUGCACUGAUUGAAGGUCAGGGGGCGGAACAGGAGGAGGGAGGCAUCUCACUGGACGUGAACCGGAACGAGAGCCUGAGCCAGCACGAGAUGGCCCUCCUGGAAGAAGAACUGCGCCAUUUGGAGUUCAAGUGCCGUAACAUCUUGAGGGCGCAGAAGAUGCAGCAGCUGAGAGAGCGCUGCAUGAAGGCUUGGCCCCUCGAAGACAAGAAUGGAGCAAGCGUCGGGGCGGGACGGCUGGACGUCAACGGUAUUUUGGGUGGAGAAGAAGCUCGCCACAAUGCGUUAUCAGACAUCAACGAGCUUCCAGAGAGAGAGCGCUCAGACAAGGACAGCACGAGUGCCUACAACACUGGAGGGGAAAGUUGCCGGAGCACCCCACUGGUCAACGAACAGUACCCUUCAAAUUCCACUCAGAGUCUGGAGGGAUCCGACACUCUUCUCCCAGCAGGUAUCCAGUUCCCGGCCUCCACUAGACAGAGGGAGAGAGGAGCCCGGUCUGAGCGAGGAGACGGGACGCAAGCCAACUUAAAUCAAGCCUAUUCUCCCCACAGUCACAGGAGAGCCACCGAGGGUAAAAUGUCCAGCCCAGGCGCAAAGGUUCGAUCUCUGUCCCGGGACGUUGGAGCCAGGAGGGGCUCGGAUGGAGGAGUCAGACGUAACCCCAAAGGCAACGGAACGGUUGAGAGGGCCGGCGGACGCAGUGCAGAGAACAGUCCCUACCUGUCCCGGCGUCACGAGGCUCAGCCGCCUCAGCGCUUCCUGAGCUGCAUGCAGCUGAGGUCUCCCUCAACCUCGGAGCGGUUGGGUGGACUCAGAAAUGAGACGGAGGGCGACGCCAGCCCGAUGAGCCUGGGCAGCACCUGCAAGGACGUUUCCCAGGCCUCAGGCGCUUUACCUUUACCACUGUCCCCUCCUCUGAUGCCCGCUUCUCCUCGCAUGGAGUGGAAGGUGAAGAUCCGCAGUGACGGCUCCCGCUAUGUGGCCAAACGGCCCGUGAGGGAUCGCCUCCUGAAGGCCCGAGCCAUGAAGAUCAGAGAGGAGCGCAGCGGCAUGACCACCGACGACGACGCCGUCAGCGAGAUGAAGAUGGGACGCUACUGGAGCAAAGAGGAGCGCAAGCAGCAGCUGCUGAAGGCCCGGGAGCAACGGCGGCGCCGGGAGUUCAUGAUGCAGAGCCGUCUGGACUGCCUGAGAGAGCGCGAGAGGGACCAGGCCGGAGGCGGAGGCGGCGGCAGCGGGGGAGGGCAGCAGGGGACGACGCAACCGCAGGAACCCACCUCCAUCCUGGAGUUGUGCCACCGCAGGAGCAUGAAGAAACGCAGCCGCAGAAUCCUGGACAACUGGAUCACAAUACAGGAGCUGCUGGCUCACGGGACCAGGUCUGCCGACGGGAAGAAAGUCUACAACCCCCUGCUGUCCGUCACCACGGUUUAGGACAGGACGGGAGGCUGUGCAAGAUACAGCCGACGGAAAGAGCCCAAGUGUUUUGAGGGAGCUUGAAGGAUGAGCACAAGCUGC